UGAAUGAAACGCCAGCGUUUCAAGCCUUUUCUAGUUCUAGGUUUCUAGCAAUCUCCGUCCCCCUCUCUCUCCAACUCAAAGUCUCGGUGGAAGUGAGAUAGACAGAGCCUUUUCCAGCUGAUGAUAGAUUAGGUUUUUGCGGUUCCAGUACGGUUUGAUCAACUGUACAUAAGGCCAUCUGUUUUUGUUGCUGCAGACAUUGUUUUCUAUAUAUCUUUAAUUAUGGCUUCUAGUGAUGAUAUACUUGAGGGCUCUGUUUCUUCUAUCCUUGUUGAGUCUUUAAAGUCUAACCAAACUGGAGAUGCUCUUUCACCUGAAGAAAUAUGUUGGGUUGAUUCUUGCCUGGUUAAAGAUCCAGAAGUUUUAGAUGGUGAUUGGAGUUCAAUGAAAGAUGCCUUGACAGAAAUCCUUGGUUUGCAAUCCAAAUCAAAUGACUAUUACUCUACACCUGAAACCGACAUUGAGAUGCUUCAUUCUGCUGAACCAGUAACUGUUAAUACCUCUGGAAGAAGUGAUGUUAAUUCUGUCCUAAUCAAUAAAGAAACAGAACCAAAAGAUGAUAAUUUUCUAAUGGAGGAGGAGACUGGUAUUUCAUUAUUACCAACAACUUCUUUGGGAAAUGCUUUUCUGCCGAAUUACAGGGAGGACAACCACAGAGAAAUGGAAUCCAUUGGUUCAGGACUUGAUAUUAGUUACUCUGCUUAUCAGAUGGAGCCAUUGGAUGAUGAUUGGAGUUCAAUGAAGGAUGCCUUGACAAAAAUCCUCGGUUUGCACUAUUACUCUACGCCUGGUAACAACAUUGAGAUGCUUCAUUCUGCUGAAUCGAGAACUCUUAAUGCCUCUGGAAAAACUGACUUUGAUUUUGUUCUAAUUAAUAAAGAAACAGAGACAAGCAAUGAUGAUUUUCUAAUCAAGGAAGAGACUAGCAUUUCAUCAUCACAAACUUCUCCUUUGGAAAAUGCUUUUCUGCCAAAUUACACGGAGGACAACCACAGAGAGAUGGAAUCCAUUGAUUCAGAACUUGAUGUUGGAUAUUCUGCUUAUCAGAUGGAGCCAUCAACACGGGAUAUCUUUAGGGUCUGGGAUUUGGGUAUUCCACCGGAGGAGGAAGAUGAGCUUGUUAAACAGUUAAACAAGGCCCUUUCAGAAAGUAACGUUCAAUUGAUGCCAUCUACAACUGAUGAUUCAGGGGCAUCAAAGGAUUUGAUAGAAGAAUCAGUUGAUGAUUUAAUUGCUGGCCUUGCAGAAAUGUCAUUGAGUUAACAUUCUAACUAGAAAAAUGCUAUUCUCAGUAUAAUCUUCACAUUAAUGUAUCUACUAGUCUUGCUAUAUUGACAUAGUUGAAUGAGGCAUUAGAUGUUGCACUGAAUUUUAAGUUAUUUAUAGAUUUUACAGCAAUAUGUACAUUAUUACAACAAUUUUUCUGCAUUUUAGCUCAUAUUUUAUUAACACCCAUAUAGAAAUUUUAGUUCUCUGUCAAGAAUCAAAAGUGCUUCCACAGCUGAUUGCAAAACAACGAAUCAAGAAAUGGGGUUAGGUGACCUUGAUUUGGUGGGGGAUACGUGAGAUGGACCCGCCAAAUGAUACGUGGACCCACUAAACUCCGGGUGGCAUUGAUAUUGCUUAGGCCACUCAUAUGGAUAGCUGAUCUGGCAAGCUGACUGUUGCAACUAAACCAUAGCCGUUGAUCAAGUAAAGCAAGAAAACAAAUAAGGGAGAGAUUGGAGCCUCACACUUUCUUUCCAGAGGAAUCACUCAAAACUAGACUUAUUUGGACUCAGUACAUUGUGAAUAUGAUGCAUUUGUCUAUUCUUUUAUAAAAAUCUGAGCUUUAAUUUCAAUUUAUUUACGGUGAGAAUAAAACCAUCCAUGUACACCAUGCCUUAGUCUGUCAUGCUAUCAUCCACAUGGCAAGCCCUUAUUCGUCGACUCACGACAGCCUCAAAUGUGACAUCUUAUGAUAACACAAAAGCCAAAUAUAAAUACACUCAAUACAUUUGCAUAUAUGUGGUAAAGAGGCACUAACUUAGAGAGGAGAUAAGAUUAUACACUGUUUGUAAGGCUUCUAUACUCAUUAGCGGUUAGCCUCUCAACCAAAGCAGCAAAACA